AUGGGUAUGGCUGCAGGGGCCCAGUUCCAUGUUUUGGCUGUUGAUGACAGUCUUAUUGAUAGAAUGUUAAUUGAGAGGCUCCUGAAAACCUCUUCCUUCCAUGUUACUACAGUGGACUCUGCCAGUAAGGCUUUAAAAUUUCUUGGUUUGAUGGAAGAUGAAUUAAGGACUCUAGACACUCCUGUUGCUUCAGAAAUUCAUCAGGAUGAGGAAGUAAACCUGAUUAUAACAGAUUACUGUAUGCCAGGAAUGACUGGCUAUGACCUGCUGAGAAAAAUCAAGGAAUCAAAAUCUCUGAAAGACAUACCAGUGGUGAUUAUGUCCUCAGAGAAUGUACCAUCAAGGAUUAACAGAUGCUUGGAAGAGGGAGCUGAAGAAUUCUUUUUGAAACCAGUUCAACAAUCAGAUGUUAAUAAGCUCAAGCCCCAUUUGUUGAAAUCAAGAGUUAAGGAAGAGCAAGCCCAACCCUUCAGUAACAAAAGAAAAGACAUGGAAGAAAGCCACACUCCAAACAAAACCAGAUUAAAAUGUAGCAGUUAA